GAGGCCAGGCCCGCUCCGGAAGUGCUUCCGCCUGCGGCUUUCUGUUCACGCCCCCGCGGACCCGGGUGCCGGGUGGAGAGCGGUGGGCUCUGCGUGAGUGGAAGCCGCUGCCGUGCCGGGCCCGCGCGGUGCGCCUGCGCCAUGGGCGUCCACGGGCUGUGGAGGCUGCUGGAGUGCGCCGGCCGCCGGGUCAGCCCGGAGGCGCUGGAGGGCAAGGUUCUGGCUGUGGAUAUUAGUAUUUGGCUAAACCAAGCACUUAAAGGAGUCCGAGAUCGCCACGGGAAUGCGGUAGAAAAUGCUCAUCUUCUCACAUUGUUCCAUCGGCUCUGCAAACUCCUGUUUUUCCGUAUUCGCCCUAUUUUUGUAUUUGAUGGCGAUGCUCCACUGUUAAAGAAACAGACCUUGGCAAAGAGAAGGCAGAAGAAGGAUUCUGCAUCCACUGACUCAAGAAGAACGACAGAGAAGCUUCUGAAAACCUUUCUAAAGAGACAGGCUCUGAAAACUGCCUUCAAAAGCAAAAGAAAUGAAGCGCUACCCAGUCUUACUCAAGUUCGAAGAGAGAAUGACAUCUAUGCUUUGCCGCCUUUACCAGAGGAAGAAAAACAUAGUUCAGAAGAGGAAGAUGAAAAGCAAUGGCAAGAAAGAAUGGAACAAAAGCAAGCUUUGCAGGAAGAAUUCUUUCAUGAUCCUCAUGCCAUAGAUAUUGAGUCUGAGGACUUCAGCAGCCUGCCACCAGAAGUAAAGCAUGAGAUCUUGACUGACAUGAAAGAGUUUACCAAGCGAAGACGAACACUGUUUGAAGCAAUGCCAGAGGAGUCUCAUGACUUUUCACAGUACCAGCUGAAAGGCUUGCUUAAGAAAAACUACCUAAACCAGCAUAUAGAAAAUGUUCAAAAGGAAAUGAACCAGCAGCACUCAGGGCAAAUCCAGAGGCAAUAUGAAGAUGAGGGAGGCUUUCUGAAGGAGGUAGAGUCAAGAAGAGUGGUCUCUGAAGACACCUCACACUACAUCUUGAUAAAAGGUAUUCAAGCUAAGAAAGUCACGGAUGUGGAUUCAGAAUCUCUUUCUUCUUCCAGCAAAGAACACAGCAUGUCUUUUGACGUGAAGACAUCACCCCAUGAGAAAGUGAAGCCAGAGAAAGAGCCGGAGGCCACACCCCCUUCUCCAAGAACUUUACUGGCUAUUCAGGCUGCCAUGCUGGGAAGCAGCUCAGAAGAGGAGCCCGAGAGUGGAGAGGCAAGGCAGUCUCGGGAGAGGAGCUCGCGGGCCACUGCAGAUUCAGGCGCCAUAUCGCCGCAGACCCUUGCAGCUAUUCAGAGAGCUCUGGAGGAUGAUGGGAAAGUGUGUGCCAGGAGUGAUGAACUGGAAGUGAGAACACUGUCCGGAAGUAAUCCAGACCAGGAGCACGUUGAUGGAGUUGCAGUGAGAGGUGGAGGUGCACCAUUUGCCACAGUUCCUCCUUUACCCAGUGUGACUGUGGUAAAGGAGUACGUCGCCAGCUCCAGCAGUGAAAAAGAACAGAUAGCGUCAGCACAUUCUCUUAGUACUGCUUAUCAUCCAUGUGAUUCUCCAAAGCAACAAAUGCCACUUACUCCUGCGGUGAAUGAAGCCUCUCAGAUAAGUAGUGAGUGUGAGGUUGAGAGUAGGCAAGCUCCCCUUCCAGCAGCAUUCACAGACGUUCCAUGCAGUUCUGCCUCUGGGCAACUCAGUGCAAGGGAACCGACCCUGGUACCUCCAAUAAGAACCCGUACUGAUCAGAGGGUGGACACACACCCUGAAGAGCCUGAGCUGCAGAAAGGUCUUUACCCACCUGAGAGUAAGUGUCUUUCAAGUGAUGAUGAAACAGAAGGUGGACAGAAUCCUACUUUCCAAGCAGGGGAUACAGUUCAUGUCCCUUCAGAGGCAAUAGCUAGCUUGGAAAAUGCUUUGUCUUCUAAUACUGAAGAACAUGGAGAUAACCUGAAAACCAUCCAGCAGCAGGAGAUGACUGAAGCUUCUUCCAGGGAGUUGAUUUCCAUCCCAAAGCCCAUGGAACCAAUGAAGGUGGAGUCUGAGGAAAGCGAGUCUGAUGGGAGUUUUGUUGAAGUGCAGAGUAUAGUCAGUGAUGAUGAACUUCAAACAGAGUCAUCGGAGGCUUCUGAACAUCCCUCUGAACAAGGUACAGAGGAACCAAGGGGAACUCAGGAGGAAGAAACCGCCAUUGACACAGAGUGCCUCCUGGGGGACAGCACUCACGGUGAGGACGUGGCCAUGGAAGAACCCAGGAAAGCUGAGAGAGAUGCUGAGGACUCACCCGAUGAAUGGCAGGAUGUUAAUUUGGAGGAACUAGAUGCCCUGGAGAGUAACCUCUUAGCGGAACAGAAUUCACUGAACGCUCAAAAACAGCAGCAAGAGCGGAUCGCCGCCUCUGUAACAGGCCAGAUGUUUCUGGAAAGCCAGGAACUCCUGCGCCUAUUCGGCAUUCCCUACAUCCAGGCUCCCAUGGAGGCAGAGGCACAGUGUGCCAUCCUGGACCUCACCGAUCAGACUUCUGGAACCAUCACUGAUGAUAGCGAUAUAUGGCUCUUUGGAGCUCGGCAUGUCUAUAAGAAUUUUUUUAACAAAAACAAGUUUGUAGAGUACUACCAAUACGUAGACUUCCACAACCAAUUAGGAUUGGACCGAAACAAAUUAAUCAACUUGGCUUAUCUACUGGGCAGUGAUUAUACUGAAGGGAUCCCGACAGUCGGCAAUGUGACAGCCAUGGAGAUUCUCAAUGAGUUCCCUGGGCGAGGCCUGGACCCACUCCUAAAAUUCUCAGAGUGGUGGCAGGAAGCUCAAAACAGCAAGAAGGUCGCUGCCAAUCCCCAUGACACCAAAGUGAAGAAGAAAUUACGGAAGUUGCAGCUGAUGCCAGGCUUCCCCAACCCCGCAGUUGCAGAUGCUUAUCUCAGGCCUGUAGUCGACGACUCCAGGAGAUCGUUUCUGUGGGGCAAACCUGAUGUCGACAGGAUUAGAGAAUUUUGUCAGAGGUAUUUUGGCUGGAACAACACAAAGACAGAUGAAUCCCUGGGCCCAGUACUAAAGCAGCUGAACGUCCAGCAGACCCAGCUACGAAUUGAUUCCUUUUUCAGAUUAGCUCAACAGGAAAAACAAGAUGCCAAACACAUAAAGAGCCAGAGGCUGAGCAGAGCAGUGACAUGUAUGCUAAGGAAAGAAAGGGAAGAGGCAGCCAGUGAGCUGGAGAAAGAGAUUGAUGAAGCAAAAGGAGAAACCCAGAAAAGAAGCCUGUCAAACCCAGGAGAAACAUCAGUCCCCAAAAGAAGGAGGCCUUCUGGAAAUGGUGGGUUUUUGGGGGCCCCCUGCCUCUCAGAAUCAGCCGGGGAGUCUUCCAGUGAGGACGCAGAAGGUUCGUCUGUGAUGAGUGCACAGCAGAGACGAUCAGCUGAGUCGUCAACAGUCAGUUGCUCAGAUUUGCCAGACUUAAAGCCUCGUGGGAAGGAUGGCUAUAUGUCCACCAGCAGCUCCAGUGAGGACGACGGGGACAAAGCUAAGGCUGUCCUCGUGACUGCUAGACCCGUAUUUGAGAAGAAAAGGAGGACGCUAAAGAGUAUGAGGAGAAGAAAAAGAAAAGCCUAAAAUUUAAAAAGCCAGUGAUUUGAAAAAUAGUGCUUGCAAUGGUUAUGUAUUGAGAGCAUAAGAUUAAAUUUAUUUGUACAAUCGGU